AUGCCACCUCCAAAGGUUGAUUCAGAAGCUGUUGACUUCGAAGCUGAGAAGGAACGCAAUGAAAUUCACGGAGCACAAAACCCUACUGGUCGUCGCCGAUCUUCUUCCAACUCUUCAGUGACAGCUGCAGACAAGUAUGAAGACAUUCGUACCGACCACAAAGAGGGCGGCGACCCAGACCGCCGUGGAAGCAGUGGCAGCCGACGAGGUAGCUUCCGAAUGCGACAGCCUUCCGUCUCCGCCCAGCUUCGCAAUCCUCUUGCAGGCAAGACUGAAGCCGACGUCUUACGUGACGUCGACCAGUUCGUAACUGAAAAGGGACUGGAUCAAUUCCGAGACGAUUUCCAGAAAGGUGCCCUACUGGCUCGCGUCGUCAACCGUGAUGGUGGGUUCGAACAUGUUACACAGAUUAGCGAGCAGGAGAAGGAGAUCCUGCGAUACGAACAGACUCAUCGUUGGAAACAACCUUUCAUGCUUUACUUCCUCGUUGUUCUCUGUGCCGGUUCUGCUAUUGUGCAGGGUAUGGACCAGACCGCUGUGAAUGGCGCACAAGUCUUCUACUUCGAGGAAUUUGGUAUUACCAAUGAGUGGCAGCAAGGGCUCCUUAACGGUGCACCGUACUUGUUCUCUGCAGCCAUAGGUUGCUGGACCAAUGCUCCCCUAAACAAACUAUUUGGACGUCGUGGAACCAUCUUCAUUUCAUGCAUCAUAUCUUUUGCCUCUUCUUUCUGGAUGGCUGCUGCCAACACAUGGAUCAACCUCCUGAUCGCUCGCUUUGCUCUUGGCUUCGCUGUUGGUGCUAAAUCAAGUACAACUCCUGUUUAUGCUGCGGAGUGUGCGCCAAAGACAAUCCGAGGUGCUUUGACUAUGAUGUGGCAGAUGUGGACUGCUUUCGGCAUCAUGCUGGGGUUUGUUUCUUCUCUUGCCUUUCAAAAUGUCGACUUCCUGGGCGAAUAUUCCCAAUGGCGAUGGAUGCUUGCUUCCACAGCGAUCCCUCCAUUCUUUGUCUGUAUUCAAGUGUACUUCUGCCCUGAAUCUCCUCGAUGGUAUAUGGAGAAGGGAAAAUUUGACAAAGCUUUCACUGCAUUCGCAAGACUACGAACCAGCAACAUCCAAGCCGCUCGUGACAUGUACUACGCAUACAAAAUGCUGGAAAUUGAAUCAGCCCAACGUGAAGGCAAGAAUCUUUGGAAAGAAUUUUUCACCGUUAAGCGCAACCGACGUGCGGCGCAGUCCUCAUUUUUUGUCAUGUUCAUGCAACAAUUUUGCGGGGUCAACGUCAUCGCGUAUUACAGCACGCAAAUCUUCAUUGAUUCGGGCUUCUCACGAUCGAAUGCGCUAUUGGUAUCUUUUGGCACCGGUGUGACCAACUGGCUAUUUGCCAUUCCGGCGAUUUAUACCAUUGACACAUUCGGCCGUCGAAAUCUCUUGUUGACAACAUUCCCUCUUAUGGGAUUAUGCUUGCUGUGGACCGGUUUCUCCUUUUGGGCACCAGAAGGCGACCUCAGAUUGGGCUUGGUCGCGUCCGGAAUUUACCUGUUCAUGGUCAUCUACAGUCCAGGCGAGGGACCAGUACCAUUCACCUACUCUGCUGAGGCCUUCCCACUGUACAUUCGCGACAUUGGUAUGAGUUUCGCCACGGCCACUUGCUGGGGCUUCAAUUUCAUUCUCAGUCUGACCUGGCCCGCUUUGGUGAGAGCCUUCCGACCCCAAGGCGCCUUCGCGUGGUACGCUUGCUGGAACUUCGCUGCGUUCUUCAUUGCGUAUUUCUUUCUUCCUGAAACAAAGAACCUUACGCUGGAAGAGCUCGACGAUGUCUUCAAUGUUGGUGCGAGAGAACAUGCUAAAUAUUAUAUGGAUAAGGCUCCGUGGUAUCUCAACAAGCAUGUUUUGAGGCGAGAUGUUGAACCAAUCGCACCACUGUAUCAAUUCGAUGGCUAG